AGACAUUGUUUUUACCUGCAACCUUGAUAUGUUUUGACAGGGUAGCAAGAAAAAGGCAGGUAAAAAAACAAAACAACAAAAACAUUUGGUGACGAGAGGUGGGUGUCUGUCUCCUCCUACAUGUCGAGGUGAGGAGGGAGAGUCCAGCAUCUGUCCAUAAAUACCAGCUUCUAGACAGCAAGAGCAACUGUCUCUUCAUCGGAAAUCCCUUCAGACGGUUGCAGAACACCUUGAAUCAGGUUUUAUCACCAUAGAAACAAUGGCAGAGGCAGGCUUUCGUCAGGAGUUCUUGGAAACCCACAACAAACUCAGGGAGUUGCACAGCGCGUCGCCGCUGAAAUAUAACAGCGAGUUAAACGCAGCAGCUCAGAAAUGGGCCGAGUAUUUGGUGACAAAGGGAGACCUGGACCACAGUAAGACUGAGGAUGGAGAGAACGUCUUCUUCAUGUCCAGCUCCAAACCCAUUAAAGCAACAGGGAAAGAAGCUGUAGAUUCGUGGUACAGUGAGAUCAAGGAUUAUGACUGGAACAACCCUGGAUUCCAAAGCAACACUGGUCAUUUUACUCAAGUGGUGUGGAAAUCCAGCACAGAACUGGGCGUGGGCGUGGGCGUGACCACUGAUGGCAACACUUUGUUUGUGGUUGGGCAGUACCGACCACCUGGCAACGUUUUGGGCUCCUUCCCGGAAAAUGUCGACAAGAAAAGUUCAGAGUAAAAGCUGUGCAUUUUACAGCUGGCGGAGACACGGCUGCAGCACACAACACCUCCAGUAAGGAGAAAGAAGUGCGCCCAAAGAAAAAGAAAACCUGCACACUUCUGUAGAAGAAGUGGACAUUCCCACAUACUCUUUGGUUCCAUAUUCCAAGAUGUAAACAAAGAAAAGUCAAAUAAAACACUGUGCUUCAUA